AUGAGCUCAUGUCUUUGGGCCACCGAGGCCGCUCGCAGAAAACGCAAGCCUGCGCUAUUUCCUGGAACGGCUCGCUUCAAUGCUUUGGAGUUGUAUCAUGGAGUCCAGAGAACACAUGAGGGCGUGGUUGGCUUCGAACAACAAAUCGCUCCAUUAGCUUCAGACGCGAAUAUGCUUAUUGAUCUCAUAAAUGAGGGCGAUAAAGAAAAGGUUUUUCUGCUCGUGGACCACUUGCAUUCUGUGGACCUCGAUAAAUCUAUGCAGAUGGAGUCGAGUAUCGAUGACUCGUCACGUCCUUGGAGCAGCGGCGGGUCCGCUACUCCUGAGGCCAGACGCGUGAAACAUGAAAGAUAUGGUGAGACCUUGGCUCUUGCAGACGCUGUUAGGUCAGAAGUGGCCAAAGAAUCUCUAGGCACGGUAUUACAAAAUGAGAGUCACGAGAUAGAUUCCAAUGAUGGUCUCGAGGAAGAAAUAAGAAUACAACCUGUUGUGAAGACUGAGGCACAAGAGGAAGCCGUUUCACCUCUAGAUUCUCCCGAGAGACUUCAACAGAACGUCGCAAAUGCCGAACCGCCGAAGUCUCUAGGUCCCCAACCCGUGUUACUCCCAGACUCUCCAAGUAUGAAGGUGCCACUAGCGCAGAUGAGAGACCAAAAUGAGAACAAGCAGACAGAGGAGCGGUUUGAAGAUAGGAAUCAAAACGUGCCUUACAAAGACCGUCAACGUGAUACUAUACUACCUUCAAAGCAGUAUCAAGAACAAGAAAAUGAACAGGAGGAAAAUCCGCCCAAUGAUGAUGCCCACGGCCAAAAAUCUCCUCCAGAUCCUAGUGUCAAACGAGUUAAUAUAAAAGAACACCCAAACAACGUCCCCAUCAAGAUGGAGGAUUCGGAUUCUGAAGUUAGCGAUACAUCUUUUCAGGCUAUCAGUAGUGCAAUUCGCAAGAGCUUUGCUGGAAAAGUUUCGAUGGGUAAUUCUGACCAUACUGCUCCCCAUAUGACACCUGGGCUGGCAAAAGGAGACCAGGUAAGCUUUCCCGGGCGUCUGAGUGUCAUAGAAGGGCAGCGCAUAAAGAAGGAAAGCGAUGAAAGAUCUGGCGAACUGCAAAUACCCUACAACAACCCUUCAACACAAUCUGCAUCGAGGAGCACUCGCUUAUCCAAACGCACAUCAGUAUUUGUUUCCCUCCCAUCAAGAGAGCCCAUCUCGUAUCUGUCAAAUAAGCGACAUUCCAUCAAAGUGAAACUAGAAGAGUCAGAAAACAAGCUUUCAGCAAACUCUGGCAUCAAUAAAGCGUUGAGGCAAGCAAACUUGGAGUCAAAUUCAUCCCUGGUUUCAAAGAUACCACAGCAUUCCAAACCUAGCCAUUCUGGACGCUCGACUACAGUUGGCAAUUUAUCUAAAGCCCAUGAUCUACAACAACAAGAGCUUUCUACCGCAGUGUCUGACAUUCCAGACGGUAAGGAUACGCUUUCACGGUCUGCGACUAUCAGCAAUAGACCCAAUUCGCUAAUAUCAUCCGCUUCACCCACAAAGAACAGCUCCCCAUUGUAUGCCGCCAGUAUGCGGUCAAAAAGCAAGCCCGUAAGUUCCCAGGGUUCGAGAACUACGGACUUUGGAUCACCCAAACACGGACCCCCUAGGCUCGCAACUAGUGAGAGAAGACCUAGAUCGCGUAGCAGGUCUCCGGUGAAAGCUUUACAAAGAAAUAGCAAGUCUCCACAAAAAUCACCCACUCUUGAUUCAACUGCACCACUGAAGAGACAGAAAACUACGUCACCAGAGAAAGUACCACAACUAUCAAGCGCCCCAAGCUCGAGGUCUCCAACGCGAUAUGGCACGAGAGACGAACGCAUGACAGGAGUGAGCGGGAGGUACUCAGUUGCGACUUCCACUUCGGCAUCCACUCCUGGCGACGAGAAGAAUUCUCAUGCAAGAGCUACCACUGACUCCAGUGCAGCUAAGCAAAAAGUAAGUAAGGAAAAACGUUCACAGAACAAGUUUUUGACGACGACACUUAAUCCUCAGAACCCACCUAAGUUUAAUCCCGUCAAGACAAAGAUAAAGAAUCCAUCUCCAAUUAAGCGAUUCUUAGAUACCGAUGCAGAGAAGGAAAGGCUUGAACUUAAAGAGAGGAGACUUAGGAUGAAUGAGUUUGAGGCUAACAAGGCUUCGCUUCAGCCUUCAACUGCAGAGACAGGAACCACAUCUGGCUUUGAAAGGCGUCCUCCCAGCCCUCCAAAGAGAGAUGCCCAUGGAAUCAAGCGAGAGUCGCUGCCACCUAAAAAUGAAAGAUAUCUAAAGAAAGCCAAGAAACCCGUCGUAUCGGAAGCUGCAACUAUCACCCGAAGAAAGGCUGUUGGCAACGCUCAACCUCUUCCUGAUGCCGCUCGUGGCCGCUUCGUAAGAGAUCGUGCAAGGCAGGAUAAGUCGAAACAGGAUACAACACCUGUAAGGAGUGCUAAUAGAGGCCCACAGCCAAAGUCACCUGUUCGAGUUGGCGUAUCUACAAGUCCAGCCAUCAUGGGAGACACAUUGCCAGAGAUUCCUUCCGACGAAGAGUCUCUCAAGAAGAAUAAGUACUUCAAAACCUGGGCCAAUACGCCAGAGCUCCAAAAGAUCAUUCAGGGCAAUCAAGAUAUUAAUCCUGUCGACAUUUUUGGAACUGUAUCUGACCUACGUAUGGAUGAAGUCUUCAAGUCCACUAAAGCAGAGAAAUAA